UCGUUAUUAGCCGCGUCGGAAUUUUUUGAGCCUAAAAAAAGCCGUAGCAAAUCCAACUCCUCUCGGCCUCACGCCGGAAGAAACAUCAGCAGGGAAGGGGGGAAUUCGGGCUGAAUCGAUCGGAGUGAAGGGCAAGUUUUCAGCAGCCAUGGCCGCUCGAGCUCGAUGGCGACUCCUCGCGUUGCCGCUGGCGCUGUUCCUCGUGGCCGGCUCGGCGCGCGGCCUCGUGAAGCCGGAGGCCGCGGCCGCGCCCAAGCCCCCCGUCCCGAAGGCCAUCUCGGACCUGAGGGACGCGAUCGUGAAGGGGCUGGGGUUCCAGGCGGAGGGGCUCAAGGUGUCCGGGUUCGACGUGCGGGAUGCGCUGGUGGGGCACGCGGUAUCGUACGAGUUUGACAUCGAGGUCGGCAGGAAGGUCCUGCCGGUGCGCCUGCUCGAGGACGUCAAACGCUGGGACUUCGUCGACCUCCCCAUCUUCCGCUCCCAGGCAGACGCCGACGACACGGCGCUUGCCGAGAUCUGGCGGGCAGGGAAAGGGAGCGUCGUCGAGCCCACCCUGCCGCCAUUCCAGCUCGCCGGGCCCAUGGAGCUCUGGAUCCAGGACGGCGACGAUGUCAGGCUCGCAUUACCGCAUGAUGUGGAUGCGGGAACCUUGAAGAAAGUUGUUCUGUCUGAUGGUGCAGUGGUAACAGUGAAGGGUGCCAGGGCUGUGAGCCUCCGGUUGCCACUUGAACUACCGCUUCCUCUCAACCGGACCACUUACAAGGGCCGCCCCUCUAGCUUACUGUCCAUUGCACAAGCCCUACGUGGUGCAGCCCGGUCUAAUCAGAAGCCCCUGCUCUCUCUUCGCAUCGAGGGCCCAACCUCCUUAUCCUCUACUCCUUCCAAGUCUCCGAACGACAAGCUCAAGCUCAAAAGGUUGGCCCCAGGCCAAGUGGAGCUCUCCUCACGGGCAGGGACAAUCCCUGCUGUCACUGAAGACGAGGAUGAACCACACAAUACCGCAUUGUGGCCUCUCUUGUCACUGAACGGAUCAGAUGGUAGCCUGCAGGGAUUUGAGGAGCUUUUGGCCUCGGUCCUUGGAAAGAAAGCAGGCGAGAAUGGGACAUUCAAGCUGGUGAAGGCGCGAGCCUCCGCGCAAACCUAUGUCAAGAUGGCAUUCGCGGUGGAGAAGAAGCUUGUUAAGGGAGAGACGGACUGGUCCAACUUCCCGGAGUGGAAGACGAAGCCCAAGAAUCUGAGAGCGCACUAUGAGGUCCUUGCUCGAGUGGAGGGCAGCCAGGCGAUCCCCGAGAGGAUCGCGCAGGUGCAGCCUUUCCAGGCCGACGAGGCCAUGUCGGAAAGUGUGCUCACUGGCAACGUCACGAGGUCGAAGAUGGAGAUUGUCCAUCCGCCGCCGGUUUACUUCACUCUAUGAAAGCCGGAAGAGCUGGAGACUGUUUUAUCUCUUCAGAGCUGCACGCCGUCGAGAAAAGCUUUACAAGCGGCAAGAAGUUUAUUGCCUAUUGCUGCUGACUGUUAACAUGAGAAGUGUCGUUGUAUGUUACAGGAAUACUGGCUAGCUUUGUAAAAAUAUCAAUCAACUCCAAUAACGAGCCAGACAAAAGGAGAAUCUUGUACGAGUAGUUAGCAAUUGUACAUUUUUGAACGCAACAGUUCGUGAUUCUUUAGUUUGUAGUGCCUCUCAGAACUUGAGAGUUCGUUC